CAGUUCACACACGUCACGUCAAUACGUCAUGUUGAAUGAUCAGAUAGAAUGUCCCCCUUUACCAUCUAGCCCACCAAUACCUAGAGCCCCCUUACUGCAAACCCCAAAACAGUUUGGGAACAUCAGGUUUCAGCUUAAUGGCAAGCGUCUGCCAAAAACAAAUGCUAUCCUGCAACUGACAAAUUCCCCCAAUAGUGGGGCUGCUAAGAAAAAGCGGAAGCGCAACAGGAACAAUCAGAACAAUCAGUUCCACCAGCAGAAUAACUUCAAUGCACCUCCCUUGCCCCCACCUGAGUGUAAGCCUGCUCCCCCUCCAGAAAAUGUACCUGUGGAGCCUCCUCUGCCCCCGCUGCCGGUAGAGAGUAAGCCCCCUCCACCUGUGGAAGAGCCUGAAAGUGAAGUCAAGGCUAGCAGUGGGACUGGCAAUGCCUCUGAUGAUUGGCCUGACAGUUUGAAGGAUUAUGUCCAUAGGAGUUAUGCCAAAUGCAUAACUGCAAUUGAUAAGAACCAGGUGGAGAUUAUCUUGAAGGGGAAAAUAACUCAAGCAUACCAAAAUGGUCAGCUACAUAGGGAUUGGAGCGCCGAAGCGCUGCCGAACAUCCACAGCGAACGCAACAGCCCGUCCUCUCCGGCCGCUCCCGGGCCGGUGCCCGCUUUCACGGGCCAGGCGAAGCCCGUCCCCGGCCAGCUCGCCCAGUUCCAGAACGGCAAGAAGGGCCUAUCGCCCGGCCUAGGCGCCCGCCUCGGGGUGAAGGCCGCCUUGGCGGGCGGGCCGACGGGGCGGAGCGGGUCGCGCAAAUCGGGGUCGCGUUCGCCGAACGGCGGAGGCAGGAGGAGGUCGUCGAGGUCGAGGUCAAGGUCGAGGUCGAGGAGUCCGAAGAGGCACAGGGGGGCGAGUGGAAGUUCCAGCUCCAGCAGCGACGAAAACUUCAAGCCGCUGUCGAAGCCCACCGGCAAAAAGAGCAAGAGUAAAAUGGCGGACCGCCUCGGUCCGACCAAAACGAAACCCGCCAAGGCGGCCAAGAAACAGCAAAAAGCCAAAGAGAAAAAGGCCGCCUUCUACUCUACCUUCGGCAGCGAGCUGGAAGAAAACAGCGAUCUGCUGCAGCAGAGAGCCGCCAGAUUCAGCCACGGCAAACCCAACAACAGCAAAAACGUGUCGAUCGACAAGUAUUCCGAGGACGGCUCGGAGUUCGACUGGUCGGACUGUCACGUGGUGGGCACGUGUCGGGAGCCGGAGAAGUCUUUUUUGAGGUUAACCAAGGCUCCUGACGCGAGCGACGUGCGACCGGUCGACGUGCUGCGCACAGCGCUGCAGAUGGUGAAGAAGCGCUGGGUGGAGCGACAGGACUAUUUCUACGUGUGCGAUCAGCUGAAGUCGAUCCGGCAGGAUUUGACGGUUCAAGGUGUCAGGAAUGAGUUCACUGUACAGGUAUAUGAAACGCACGCUCGCAUCGCCCUUGAAAAAGGCGAUCACGAGGAGUUCAACCAGUGUCAAACACAGUUGAAAAUGUUAUUUAAUGAAAUAGGUGGUCCCAACAGGAACGAGUUCAUAGCUUAUAGGAUAUUAUACUACAUCUUCACCAAAAAUACCUUAGAUAUAAUGACAAUUAUGAAAUCGCUAUCGAAAGAAGAAAAAAAUGACCAGUGUAUAUCUUUCGCGUUAAAAAUUCGAUCGGCUUGGGGUUCGGGGAAUUUCCAUAAAUUUUUUGCGCUUUACCGCGAGGCUCCUCUGAUGACCGGUUAUCUCGUUGACUGGUUCAUUGAGAGAGAACGUAAAGAUUAUUUGAAAUGUAUUAUCAAGAGCUACCGUCAGAACGUAUCUGUCAACUUUGUGGUGCAAGAAUUGGCCUUCAAAUCGCCAGCGGAGUGUGUCGAGUUUCUCGAACCGUUUUCUCUGUGUUUCGGCGAUCACGAGCGGACAUUGAUCGAUUGCAAGAGUAGCAUGGCUGCCCUCCCCAAUAUAUAG